AUGGUCUCACAAUUCGCCGUCUACCCCAUCGAUACCCUCAAGUUUCGCAUGCAAUGCGAGACGGUCUCCGGUGGCUUACACGGCAACCGUCUAAUCUGGGCCACAGCAAAAAAGAUGUGGAACUCCGGCGGAGUCGUCGCAUACUACCGCGGUCUACCCAUGGGCAUCGUCGGCAUAUUCCCCUACGCAGCCCUCGAUCUGGGCACUUUUGAGUACCUCAAACGCUACGUCGCCCGCCGCAACGCGAAACGACUUGGGUGCCAUGAGCAGGAUGCCGAACCAGGCGGCUUCAUGACAGCAGCUAUUGGCGGGUUUUCGGGCGCAUUCGGAGCAAGUGCUGUCUACCCGUUGAAUUUGUUGCGAACUCGAUUACAGAGCCAGGGAACUGUUUUGCAUCCGAGGACGUAUACGGGUAUUAUGGAUGUUACGAGACAGACUAUUGCUGGGGAGGGGGUGAGAGGCCUGUUCAAGGGUCUUACGCCGAACUUGCUCAAGGUUGUGCCGGCUGUGUCGAUCACAUACGUCGUUUACGACAAGUCGAAAAAGGCACUCGACCUGCCGUGA